GGAUUGGAUCAUGGAAUUUGGGUGAAACUCUAACCUUAUUCUCUUUUGGUAUUCGGCUCUAACCUCUUGAGAUAGUAAAUAACUCAUUGAGCACUCGCUCUGUGUUUGUUAAUGAUGCACGGCAUUUUAUGCUGAUAAAAUUAUGACUAUCAGUAAAACGUAGACUAAUAAGUGCAGUCUGAUGCAUUUAUAUUGUUCAACACUUUGGUAAUGAUUUGCUCUAUCAAAGUAUUCUGUUCUUGUUUAAUGAGUGAUGACAACUGGACAGUACAUUUUGCUGCCCACGAUGGACUACAACGAGGAAGAGGACAAUAUAGAGAACUCCAAAAGAUGCAGUAAAGAUAGCUUAAACUCAGAACACAGUACUCUACAGCCAGGCAGUGACGACUACUAUGGAGACAACAGGAUAUUAAUACCAGAAACAGGCACAGAUAAGUUUAGUUGGAGAAAGCUAUGGGCGUUCACAGGACCAGGGUUUCUCAUGAGUAUUGCCUAUCUAGACCCAGGAAACAUAGAAUCAGAUCUGCAAUCAGGCACAUUAGCUAAAUAUAAGCUCCUAUGGCUGCUGAUGAGUGCCACCAUCCUAGGUCUGGUGAUGCAGAGGUUGUCUGCCAGGCUGGGUGUAGUGACGGGUCUACAUCUGGCGGAGAUGUGCUAUAGAAAGUAUCGAACUGUGCCUCGUAUCUUUCUCUGGCUGAUGACGGAGGUGGCCAUCAUUGGUUCAGACAUGCAGGAAGUCAUCGGUACAGCCAUUGCGCUCUACCUACUCUCCAAUAAGUUGAUCCCUCUGUGGAUUGGAGUCCUCAUCACUGCUACAGACACCUUCUCGUUCCUGCUACUGGACAGGUACGGUCUGCGUAAGCUAGAGUGUCUCUUCGCAUUCCUUAUCACUGUCAUGGCCAUAUCGUUUGGAUAUGAGUUCAUCGUAGUGAAACCUGAUGUAGGACAGAUGCUGAAGGGGUUGGUGAUCCCUUGGUGUGAGGGCUGCAGCUCUGAUGCUCUGUUGCAAGGUGUUGGCAUCAUCGGGGCUGUCAUCAUGCCUCACAAUCUCUACCUGCACUCCGGCCUGGUCAAGUCAAGGAAUAUCGACCGCAAAAAUACAGCCAAGGUGAGAGAGGCAAACCUGUACUACUUUGUAGAGAGUACGAUCGCAUUGGCAGUGUCUCUGGUUAUUAACGUGUUUGUUGUUGCUGUGUUCGCCCACGGACUUUACAACAAGACAAACGUUGAUGUUAGAAAUAUUUGCAUCGCUAAUCACAACCAACAUGCAGAUGUCUUCCCAAACAAUACUGACACGUUGGAGGUGGACAUUUACAAAGGAGGAGUGUUCCUUGGUUGUCAGUUCGGAGACUUGGCCAUGUACAUCUGGGCCAUCGGCAUACUGGCGGCUGGGCAGAGCAGCACGAUGACUGGCUGUUACGCUGGUCAGUUCACUAUGGAGGGGUUCCUAAACCUUUCUUGGAAGAGGUGGGUGAGAGUGCUAGUGACUCGAGCUGUUGCCAUCGUGCCAACGUUCUUUGUAGCUUUCUACAACAAUAUGACAGAUCUGAGUGGUAUGAACGAUAUUCUCAACGCAGUUAUGAGCUUGCAGCUUCCGUUUGCUACCAUUCCCACGAUAGCUUUCACUAGCAACCCCCAAAUCAUGGGAGAGUUUGUCAAUGGGUGGGAAAACAAACUCGUGUCCGUCCUGCUAUCACUGACUGUGUUAGCAAUCAAUGUGAUUUUUGUAGUUAAGUCAGUAAUGUCCUCUUGGUCCAACUACUUGAUCGUCGUUGGCCUGGUUGUGUAUUCCAUCAUCUAUGUCUUCAUGGUUGUAUAUCUUCUAAUCCACAUGUUCAUCAGCAUGGGCUGCUGCAAGAGUUUUGCGGAGAAUGAAUUUGUUGCAAAGUUCUUUGGUAACAAGGUCUCCACAGAGUUUCAUCUAGAGAGGGAUACAAUACUAUCAAGACAAUCAGUUUCAAAACAAUCAAUGCACCCGAUGGAAAUUGAUUGUUGUACCAAUUCUGAAUCAAUUUCAGCAUCUUCAAUGCCAGUACCUAAGUAUACGUCGAACAAAGAAUUUGACAUCGCCAAGCUUUGAAGUCCGUCACUUCUCCAUCAGGGUCGGGUCGCGCAUUGAACACUUUCAACUUCAAGUGCCUCGGAAAUUUCAACAAUGUAGAUCAUCUUGCUUUAUUGUACAUACAGUAAUAAGAUUAUUUAACUAGUAUAAGUAUAUAGAAAAAUUGUAUAUUGUUUAAGAUGUAAUUACUUAAAUUAAUUAUUAAACCAAAGUAUUUUUAUUA